AUCGUGUUAUUCUUAUUCAUGUUUAAAGGAGAUUAUCUAGUAUGUUUAUUUUAAUUUGUAUUUAUCAAACGGAUUCUAUAGAGUAUAAGCAUUUAUAGUAUGUUUUUGUUUUUUGUGCCUUUUUUUUUUUUUAUAAAAAAAACUAUUUAAAUAGUAUAUUUUGGUGAUUUUCAAAAUUCAAAUAAAAAUGUCCAGCAAUGAUGAUUAUGUCGAUGUAAUGACAUCUAGGUCAGUAUUAUUUUUUUUUAUUAUUGAAAUAUUUUGUUUAUUGCCUACCUUUUUGAAUUUAAGAUUGAAAAGACAACAAAAUAAUUAUUAGUAUUUCUAACAUAUUCUAUACAAUUUAUGAAUAGUAAAAACAUUAAAAACUAAUUAUACAUAUCACCACUUAUUUUAAUAAUUCAAUUAUGUCAGUGAUGUCAAAUCCUAUGUUAAGGUCGAAUUUUGGCUAGACUUCUUUUAGACAUUAAGCAUAUGACCACUUCCUUUUUGGUUAAAGUUUGGUUGCCGAACUGAAUAAUACUUCAUUACAGAAAUAAAAACCUAUGCUAACUAUAAUUUUGGACAUAAAUUACUGUAUUUAGUUAUAUUAGGGCCUUUUUAAAUGUUAAUAUUAUAUUUUAAUUGUUUUAGUCCAAUCCACAAUACUUCUCGGACAUCCACCUCAUUACAAAGUCCAGGGUUGAAGAAGAAAAAAGGAAAAAAUAAUAAAGACGAUCCAGGAUCUAGUGAUGAAGAACGGUGGUUAAAAGCUAUUGAAACGGGUAAAUUGGAUGAAGUUGAUGAUGAGUUGAAAAAAAUCACAAAAAAAGAUCCUAAAAUGAUGACUGCUAGACAAAGAGCAAUGUUUGACAGAAAGACUGAUAAUAAUAAAGAGUUCACCGAAGAACUCGUUGCAUUGCCCUCUGGUAUAGAACAUAAUUUAAUAAAUUAUUAGUAUUAUUUAACAUUUUUAUCAAUGAUUGUAUAUUACUAGUUAAACAAUUGUAGGGUAUCGAGAGAAGGUACUGACCCCUGAAAUGUUGCAAAAAAAGGCCAUUAAAUCACAAAAAAGGAAACAACAGGCAGACGAAAAAAGAGAAAAUGAUAAAAAACGUACAAUGGAAAGACUAUUAAAAAAACAUGAGAGUAAAUCCAAAACAAAUGCUAAGGGCCGGAUGGCAAAAAAAACCGUAAAUAAUAUUGUUUACAUUAGCAAAGAAGAUAAAAUUUCUCUACUGUUACCAGAAGGCAUAAGUUUUCCCCUUAAAAGUUCUACUAUCAAGUAUGUUUAUUAUUCAAUAAUUAUUAUUUUAAAACUAACCGAAACAAAAGUGAUUUUUUAAUCAUUACAUUCUAUGGAUUUGUAUACUAUAUAAUAUUCAAAUAACAAUGCAUAAAAAAUUAUUAGAAUAUGAAUGUGACCUACUGAAAUAUUUAGAUACUCAUUAAUUAUUUAGUAGUUUGUUCAUUUUGAAUGGGAAAAACAAGACAAUAGGUAAAUAUAUAAUGUCUAUAUAAUUAUUUUACCAUAAUAUGACAUACAUAUUGUUGACAAAGCAACAUUAUUAACUAAACUCCACUCAGAAUCAUUUUUUUUUAUCUUAAUAUAAUUUUAAAAAAGUUAAAAUUUCGUUAAUAACAAAUUAUUUGUAAAUAUUAAAUUUUAACAUACUAUAACUUUUCCAAUUUUGUAUUUAGAAAAAAACUUUUUGUAUUAAAAUUGUUCUGAAAAAAAAUACUCUAUCCAAAUCUGUAGAAAAAAAAAUUUAAAAAAAAGUAAGUUGCAUUGCGUAUGCGUGUACCAAAAGAGUUAAAAAUUUGAAAUUCGUCUGAAAAUGUGUAUUUUUGGGUACUCCUUGUCAUUCCCUGAAAAUUCCAUUUUAAUACUAGGUAAUCUAAUUGAAAUAUUUAGUGGCACCUCUUAGUGUAAACGCACUGAAUAUUAUAUAUAAAAGCCAAAUACCACUCAUUCACUGAUAUCUCAGAAACUACAUAACUUACAAACUUUAAAUUUGGAAAGAGUUUCCUUUAAUAAUCUAAAUGUGCAAUAAGAAAAGAUUGUAAAAAAAUGUUGCGUUUAAGUGGAUUAUUUAAUAAUAAUAAUAGUGGUGAAUACGUAUUAAGCGGGGCAUGUACCAGUUGUCUUCAUUCAAAUGUACCAGUUACCACUAAUCGAAUAUACCAGUUUUCCUUAUAUUUAAAUAUAUACAUGAUUACAAUAUAUAACCUGUAAAAUAGGGAGGUAAAUAUACAAAUAAUAAAUAAAAUAUAAAUCUAUAAUUUAAAAAAUAAUGUCUGUUUGUCUAUCUGUAUGUCCUUUAUUAACUCAAAAACUACUGAACUGAUUUUAACGGUUUUUUUUAUAAAAUGCUCCUUGUGGUUUAGAAAAAAUUUAUAGCUAUUGAAAUUUCUAAAAUUCAAUUCCUAAAGGAUAGCUGAUACAGGGAUUUUGGUAUUUUGUGGUAUAAUUUUUGUUGAUUGAGUUACCUUGGUAAUAAAGUAAAUAUAAUUAUUAUUUUUGUUGAUUAUGUUGUAGUAUCUAUUGAAUAUUGUUUGUGUAAUUUCAUUGUAAUUUUGAUUGCUGAUCAACGCUCAACAAAUUUAAAUUCAUUUAAUUUAAUUUAAUUUCAAUGUCAUUUCUGUGCAGUUAUUCCUCCCAAUAACAAUAAUAAUAAUACGAAUAAUAAGAAAAAUAAUAAAAUGUAAAAUGAUUCAAGAACGUUUUUUUCAACUAAAAAUCUAUACCAUAGUAAUAUAGGGUAUAUAUUUAUAUUUCAAUAUAUCUCUUCGAUAAGAAUUGCCUUUGAAAUACUAAAAUAUAAAAUUUGUCUGGUUGUUAUAAUACACGACUAAUGCCAGGUCAAGACUUUCAUUUUUUAAUUUGGUGUAGUAUGAUAUAAAUACCACUCUGCUUGGUUUAAAAUCGAGCCAAAAUGAUGAGCAAAUGCUAGAUAAUUAGGAUGUUUAAAUCCUCAAAAAAUCACUUAAAUUAUUAAAAAAAGUAUUUAAAAAUAUUUAGAAAAAAGCAAUAGUGGUAGAGGAUUUUUAAAGUACUUUCUCUAACUGUUUGAACCUAUUAAAUACAAUGUUUUAACACUGACAAAAUGAUUAAUAUAAAGUAUUUAUUUUUUGAUAACAUGUACAAAUUUAUUUGAAAAAAAUUACUUUGUAAUAAUCAUUUUUGUCAUGUUUUUUUUUUUUUUUUUAUUUUUAAUUUUUAUAUAUACAAUCUAUUCCUGAGGAAUAAUAAGAAUAUGUGAUGGUAGAUGGAAUAACAUGAUUGAAUGAUGGGAGGAGCUACCCAGUGGUAACACUGCCCUUAUUUUUUUUUUUGUCAUGUUAAAAAAUUAUUCUUAAGAAGUUAGAAUCAGUAGAAGGGAGAACGUUUGAAUCCCUCUACUAUUACUCUUUUAAAUUUUUUUAUGGGGUUUUUUUUCGAAAUUUUUAAACACAUUUGUGGAUUUUAAACGCAUAUACAUCAAUUCCCUAAUAAGUAAUUAUUAAUUAAUUAUUAAAAUUUUUUUUGUUUUUUUGAUGUAGACAGUGUAAUUGAAAAUAAAUACACAAUACACAUUAUAUAAUUAUUUAUUACAAUUGUUUGAAUCGAUUUUGAAAACCUAAUAUCCAUAAAUUUAUUAUUUGUAUUAUUAUUUAGACCUCCACCUGUUCAACAAAUGUGCGGAGUAGAUGGUUGUGAAAAUCCUAAAAAAUAUUCGUGUUCUCGAACCGGCGUGCCUUUAUGCAGUUUACAAUGUUUUAGAGCAAAUCGAAUAAACAUUUGGAAUGCUGUGUGCUGAAUUUUAGAAUGCAUUGUAUAUUCUAAGGUUUGUAAUAUUUAUUUGUGUGAAAAAUAUGUAUAUAAAUUGUUUUUUUUUCUUAAACUAAAUUUAACAACAAUAAUUAUAAUGUAUAUUUUCAUUUAAAUGCACUCAAAACAUAAUAAAUUAAGUUUUAAACAUUUAUUCAGACUCUAUGUUGUAUUAGUAUUAUUAUUAUUAUUGUAUGUUUAUAUUGCCAACAGAUGGUCUGGUUGGUGGUAUUAAUUUUAUUAAUUUGGUGCCGAGUUUUCGAUCCACCAUCACUUUGAUCACAAAUUCUCCUUGUUGAAAUGGUUUAAAGGUAGCCGGUACUAUGACAUAACUCGCCAAUGUCGAAACUACAAAUGUUUCUGAGACUAAUUGUUUUGCUUUGAACAUCCCAGAACUACCUUCUGGUUCAGUACACAAAAAAUACUCUGAUCCUAAUGUUUCUUUUUGUUGAAAGUCAUUCUGAAAAAAAAUAAGUUGAUAUAUUCUGUGUAUAAUAUAAAUAUUAUAGUUUACUUUGUACAAAAAAAAUGCAACAUAUAAAGGAUUUUUUUUGUUAAGUCGUUUAACUUUUAAUAAUAUUUUGAUGGUAAUAAAUAAAUGAUCUUCUUCAAUGAGUCCUAAAAAUUAAAAAAGAAAAUGUUAAUAUCAGUCAAAAUAUACACACAAACUAAUUUCAUAUAAUAGGUACCUGAAGAAAAUUUGAGCAAAUAUUGUGGGUUAGUUUCAAACAUGUCUAAAUUGUUUCUCGAUCCUCCUGCAUUUAAACCAUAUAUCCAACUACCUUGAAUUGACAAUAUUUCUGGAAAUCCCUUAUUUUAAUAAUAAUAAUAAAAACUAUUAGUUUUCUAAAUUAUUCAAUUUGUUAGCAUAAAAAUACAAAAUUUAAAAUAUUUUUGUCAUUAUACUUU